UGAACCUAAAGAACCGGAUGGGCGCUUCAAACUAGGUGUAUCGGGUGGGCGGAGCUGUGAGGGAUGGACGUGCUCCUGCUGUACCUCCUCCUGCAAACGGGAUUCGCCCACGCCUCUAAUGAAGGCUACGUGGAGUGGUCGGACGGCGCUGACGAGGACGGCAGGAUCGGCACCAAGCAGCACCGCGUCCGUGGCACGGAGCGCAUGGCAGCCGGGGCGGAGGAGCUGCCCCGCGUGGUGGCGGCCUUCCUGCACACGGGCGACCCAUCCAGGCUCAGCCAGGUCAACUGCUCCCGCCGUUAUGAGCUCAGCAGCCUGGGUUCUGCCCCGCCCGUGCCUCGCGUCACCUCCUUCCCUCCGGUCGCGGCCACGCUGAACGUCCUGGCGCACGCCACCCACUUUCUAAACUCUCUCACGUGGGAGUCCAAGCAAGACCCGAGGAAGAAGCAGCACCAGCUCUGUUACCGGGCGCUGCUGCGGAGCAUGCUGGAGCAGGAACCCAAGAUCCAGCGGGUGGCGCUGGCAGUCCACGCGGAGCAGCUCCAUCUACAGGCCAGGAGGAGCGGUGAGCUGGUGUCGCUGCGAGAGCUUUCGGCCGAGGAAUCCGAGUGGUACCUCGAGUUCAGGAAAAGAACCCGGAUGAUAACGCAGAGUCGCAUGGUUCCCAAGAGUCCCGUCCAGUGGUCAGCGCCCUAUUUGGAGUGCGAGCGAGGUAGAUUCGUCCCGCAUUGGCUUUUAACGCUAUCAGUGGGAGUGUACGGUCUGAACUCGGACGCGGAGCCAGAAAUCAGGGGUGCAGUGAGGGUGGACGUGAACCUUCAGGAUCUGGACAUUGACCAGUGCGCCAGUACUGGAUGGUUCGCCGGAACUCAUCGCUGCAACCUGACCACCACCGAGUGUAAAGCGAUCCCGGGUCACGGCUUUGUACUGGACAAAUACCAGUGCCAGUGUAAGAGAGGAUUCUACCAGCACAGCCGGGUGACGCUCAACGGCUUCUCCAAUUCGGAGAGGGAUAACACGCUCGGCCCUGAACCCUCGGAGGUGCCCGGGCUGUGCCUGCCGUGCCAGGAGGGCUGCAUGUUCUGUCUGGACAACAUGCCAUGCCUGGCGCAGGAGGACGAUGUCCUCCGUCUCGCCGUCGUCUCGUUCCAGGGUCUGUGUGUGCUGUUGGACGUCAUCAGCAUGGCCGCGGUGUACCGCUUCCGUCGCGACAAGAGAAUCAAAGCGUCUGGAUUUAUCCUUCUGGAGGUGAUCCUGUCGGGUGCUGUGCUCCUCUACCUCCCCGUGAUGAUACUUCACUUCGACCCCGGCGUGUUGUGGUGCGUCCUCCUGAGAUGGGUUCGUCUCCUGGGUUUUGCCACCGUGUACGGAACGGUGAUCCUUAAGCUCUAUCGGGUCCUAAAAGUGUUCCUAUCGCGUACGGCGCAGCGGAUACCCUACAUGACCAGCUGGCAUGUGCUGCGUCUGCUGGGUGCCAUCCUGCUUGUGGUGCUUUGGUUCCUGGUGGCUUGGACCUCAGCUAUGUUCCAGAGACGAGAGACCCAUGACCAUCACGCCAUGAUUGACGUCGGUGUGACGCCGGAGGGUCUUCAGUUCAGCAUGUGCCUGCUCGACCGCUGGGACUACAUGAUGGCUGUCGCCGAGUUUUUAUUCCUGCUGUGGGGCGUCUACCUAUGCUACUGCGUACGGACCGUACCCUCCACCUUCCACGAGCCACGCUACAUGGCCAUCGCCAUCUACAACGAGCUUCUCAUCUCGGCAAUAUUCCACAUCAUUAGGUUCACGCUGGCUCCGGGACUGCACCCAGACUGGAUGCUGAUGUUGUUUUUCGUUCAUACGCACUUGACAGUGACCGUGACGCUGGGCUUGCUGCUCAUGCCAAAGUUCUUGUUCACCGGGACUCAUAUGCAGGAUGACAUUGCAACCGAGGCCUACGAGGACGAACUGGACAUGCGGCGAUCCGGCUCCUACCUGAACAGCAGCAUAACUUCUGCCUGGAGCGAGCACAGCUUGGACCCCGAGGACAUACGAGAUGAGCUUAAAAAGCUCUACUCCCAGCUGGAGAUCUACAAACGGAAAAAGAUGCUGGCUAACAACCCUCAUCUCCAGAAAAAACGCAACUCCAAGAAAGGGAUCAGGCGUACGCUCAUGCGGCGCAUCACAGAAAUACCAGAGACGGUGAGCCGCCAGUACAGCCGAGAGGACAGGGAUGGAAGCGAGCACGGAAGCAAUCGCAGCACGCUGAGAAGAAACCCAUCUGAACCCAGCCACGGUGGGAAAGCCAGAGAGGAAUCUCUGAAGAGCAAGGUGUUCUCCUUAAAGAGGUCCCAUAGUUAUGACCACACUCCCGACCAGGGAGAGCAUGCCAAUGGGGUUCCUCCAGACAAAAUCGAGAACUCAUCCACUGAGUUGUCUCUCUUGGGAACCUUGAUAGGAAGACGUUCUGCAAAGAAGAAUUCCGACUUACCAAAAGUCGACCCGGCGGAGUCUGCAGAGUCGGUACCCUUGGUGUGCAAGUCUAUCAGCGCCCACAACCUUGCAGCGUAUAAGAAGCCCAUACAUCUGAGGUCAUCGAUGAUCCAGAAGUCCCUGAGCGUCAUAGCCAGCGCCAGAGAGAGAACCUUGGGUCUCGCUGGGAAGACUCACAGCGUGGAGGACACCAGUAAGAAAGGCCUCAAGAACAAAGAGGUCCACGAAUCUCCCGAAUGCUUCCCAAAGAUGAUCAUCAGCCAGUCUGUUGAGUACACCAAGACCCCGAGCAAAAUGGGUAUCAUGAAGCAGCAAGUCAGUGGAAGUCAACCUUCUAUCUGCUCUGAGCCAGGAAGGAGCAAGGAUCUAUAUGACCUUAGUGAGGUUUGCCCAUGGGAAAUGGAAGACUUGCCCACUCUGUCAGAGGGAAAAACCCAAAAGCAUGUUUCCAUCGCCCCGAGUAAUACCAACACCAUCUAUGAAAGCGGCACCAAGAGUGGGAGGUCUCAACAGAAGCCACGGAUAGGAGUGUCGUCCCCGUCUAACCGUCGCCGUUCCAAAGACAAGGGUGGAACCAGGGAGGAAGGGAGCGACAGGCAUGAAGGAAGGAAACCCAAUUCACCCCUUAAAUCAGAAGUCUGCCCUUGGGAAUUUGACAAUCAGUCUUUGAGAGGGGUGGAAUCUGCAGGUCUGUCUCCUGACAAGCCCAGUCGCAAGAAAAGCAUGACCCCAACUGAUGAAAAGCCCAAGAUCGUCCUUUCUGACAUCUCCAAGUCGACCGGAAGCCUCCUGCAUCCUCCAGCCUCCAUGGUGGACGUCUGCCCCUGGAACUACGACCAGCCGCCGUCGUCUCCGACCUCCACACACCACUCAAAAAGAAGAGACUCCAACUCCAAAAGGAAAGGCUCCUGCUCGUCGAGAGGGAAGAACAAGGACGACGACAAACACGGAUCCAAAAGCAAGGAGCGAAGAAGCUCAUCCAGCAAACCCUCCGAGAAACACUGCCAGGCUGCCACGGUGGGAUCUGGCAGAAGACGGAGCUCGACAAAAGAAGCUGAAGUGACUGAUGGUGAAGGUGCUGACGUGGGUCCUUGGGAGGUGAAGCGCUCGCCCAAAGGAAGACGUCCCUCAAGUGAGGACCAUCAUGAGACGUCUUCACUGACUUCCUCAGCACUCGCUAAGGUCAACACUCGGGCGUGGGACUGUGAUGACGAGUCAUUAGGGAACAGUGCAUGAUAAUUCUACACACUUCUACACACCUACUGGCCCCUAUUAAUCAUAUCCAAUUAGUCAUAGCCUAUUCCUACCAAAGGUUCCACAGCUUCAUCUGUCAAACAUACACCCUACUCUUGAUGGUCAAAAGUAUGUGGACACUACUCUACACUGAUCAGCCAUAACAUUAAAACCACCUCCUUG